AUGGCUGGGGCCAUUGUGCGUUGUUUUCAAGUCCCGAGGAGGCAAUUAGGUCUCCUUGGGUCGUCGUUGACCAGCCAACAACAGAGGACCCUUGCCGAUGCAGCCCCGGAAGGAAAGAAAAGAGGUGGAUUCCUCGCCGACCAGGAUCGUAUUUUUACGAAUUUAUAUGGCAGGCAUGACUGGAGGUUAAAGGGCGCUAUGCAAAGGGGAGAUUGGUACAAAACCAAAGAAAUUGUUGAGAAGGGUGCUGACUGGAUCAUCAAUGAGAUCAAGACGUCUGGUUUGAGAGGUCGCGGAGGGGCUGGUUUCCCAUCCGGCAUGAAAUGGUCUUUCAUGAAUAAGCCAUCUGACGGAAGGCCGAAAUAUUUAGUAGUUAACGGAGAUGAGGGAGAACCUGGUACCUGUAAGGAUCGCGAAAUUUUGCGUCACGAUCCUCACAAGCUGGUGGAAGGUUGCUUGAUCGCUGGGCGAGCUAUGGGAGCCUGUGCCGCUUACAUUUACAUCCGCGGAGAAUUCUACAACGAAGCGUCGAACAUGCAGGUCGCUAUAGCAGAAGCUUAUCAGGCUGGGCUUAUCGGGAAGAACGCCUGCGGUUCCGGAUACGAUUUCGACAUCUUCGUGCAAAGAGGAGCGGGAGCAUACAUUUGCGGAGAGGAAACUGCUCUCAUCGAGUCCAUCGAGGGAAAGCAAGGAAAGCCUAGGUUGAAGCCGCCUUUCCCAGCCGACGUCGGACUAUUCGGAUGUCCAACCACGGUUACGAAUGUUGAAACCGUCGCUGUGGCGCCUACGAUUUGCCGACGAGGCGGAGCGUGGUUUGCGUCAUUCGGUCGUCCACGUAAUCACGGAACGAAAUUGUACAAUAUCUCCGGACACGUGAACACACCGUGCACCGUUGAAGAAGAAAUGUCCAUUCCCUUGAAGGAUCUUAUUGAGAAGCACGCCGGUGGAGUAAUCGGCGGAUGGGAUAAUCUUCUUGGCGUGAUACCAGGAGGUUCCUCCACUCCCGUUAUUCCCAAGAGCGUUUGUGAUACGGUUUUAAUGGACUUUGACGAUCUCGUCAGAGUGCAAACCUCAUUCGGUACUGCUGCUGUGAUAGUGAUGAACAAGCAGACAGACAUUAUAAAAGCUAUCGCGCGUCUUAUUAGCUUUUACAAGCAUGAGUCUUGCGGUCAAUGUACUCCGUGCCGCGAAGGAAUCAGCUGGAUGUACAAGAUCAUGAGGAGGUUGAUCGAAGGAAAGGCAGAGAUCCACGAAAUCGACAUGCUCUGGGAGUUGACUAAACAAAUCGAGUUGCACACCAUCUGCGCUUUGGCAGACGGUGCGGCAUGGCCAGUUCAAGGGCUGAUAAGGCAUUUCAGACCAGAGAUAGAAGCUCGCAUUAAGCAGCGCAAGCAAGCAGGUGUCUCUAAUUAAGAAUAAAGGUACUGAGUCUGUAUAGAAACGUUGAACCCGUUUACUACUACCAUGUCGAACGAGCGAAUGAAAGGAUACGUGAGUGUAUUUAUACCCUGUACGAUAUUGUAUUUAUUUACAGUGUAUAUAAUGGCGAGCCGAGGCGCGGUGUAGUCGAAUUUCUUAUGUAAUUCCGUCGGUCUCGAUCAUCCGUCGACGAUCCGGUAAAUAAAAGAGAUAGAAAAAUUA